AUGAAGUUCUUCGCCAUCUCUUUCGCGGCCCUUGCGCUCGCCGUGCCUGCUUUCGCCCAGUCUGGCGCGCCUGCUGCCUCGGCCGCGUCCAGCGCUGCCGCUCCCCCCGCGUCGUCCGCUGCCGGCGGUGGUGGUGCCCCUAAGCUUCCCGACUGUGCCAUGCAGUGUGUCCUCGGCUCGGUCAAGGCUGUCCCGAACUGCUCCAACCCGCUUGACCCGAAGUGCAUCUGCGACGAGCGAUUCGUGAACGCGGCCACCGACUGCCUCAUUGCCAAGUGUGACCACAAGGACGCAGUCCCUGCUCUCGACAUUGCCAAGCAGAUGUGCCCCGACCUCGGCCUUCCGGACCUCAGCAAGCUGGGCGACUGCGCGUUCGAGUGUGUCAUCUCCACCCUCACGGGCGCGCACUGCAAGGGUCCCCUCGACAAGCAGUGCAUCUGUGGCAUUCCCUUCGGUCUCAAGGCUGCCGGCUGUCUCGCCCUCAAGUGUGCCCUCGACGGUGCCGGCGAGGCUAUCAACCUCGAGUUCGGCAUCUGCCGCCCGCUCGACAAGCCCGGCUGCGCUGCCACCGGUAUCUGGGCCCUGACCGACCUCCGCUGCCUCCUCCCCGGUCUCUUCAAGAAGGGAGACAACCAGAAGCGCGAGGUCCGGUACGCCACCCCCGCCGCCCUGUACCACCGCGCCCUCCUCGAGGCCGAGGCCAACGCCUAA